CCUGGCGCCGCCCGGUGGCACCGGGGCACGGGCCAACAUGCCAGUGGGCACCCCGAUACACCGCCUCAUGAUUGACCCCUACAUUGCCGUGGUGGCAGGGGCCCUGGCCACCUGCAACAUCCCGCUGGCCUUCCUGGAGCCCACCAUCGCCAACUGGAUGAAGGAUUCCAUGGGGGCCAGCGAGUGGGAGGUGGGCCUCACCUGGCUGCCCGCCUUCUUCCCCCACGUGCUGGGUGUCUACGUCACCGUCCAGCUGGCUGCUGCCUACCCACACCUGCAGUGGUUUUACGGGGCCCUGGGCAUGGCCAUCAUCGGUGCCAGCUCCUGCCUGGUGCCCGCCUGCAGGAAUUUCGGGCAGGUCAUCAUUCCCCUCUGUGGCAUCUGCUUUGGCAUCGCCCUGGUGGACACAGCCCUGCUGCCCACCCUGGCUUUCCUGGUGGACGUGCGCCACGUCUCAGUCUAUGGCAGCGUCUAUGCCAUUGCAGACAUCUCCUAUUGUGUGGCAUAUGCCCUGGGGCCCAUCGUGGCUGGCCAGAUUGUGCACACCAUGGGCUUUGCGCAGCUCAACCUGGGCAUGGGGCUUGCCAACGUGCUUUAUGCCCCUGUCCUUCUCCUCCUCAAAAAUGUCUGCCAAAUGAAACCCUCUCACUCAGAGAGGAACAUCCUCCUUGAAGAAGGACCUAAGGGACUCUACGACACCAUCAAAAUGGAGGAGCGCAAAGGCAUGGGCAAAAGCCUCCAGCCAGCGGGCGAGAUGGAUGAGAAUGGCAUGGGCUCUUACCACAGAGACCUGAAAGGGGUGUCUGAGGAGGACUCAUCUGACUAUGAGUACAGUUAGGUUCCCCCAUGCAGCCCAGACCCAGGAGCAAGGAGAGACCUGUGGGAGAGAGGCAAAGCGGGGGGAGGAAAAUGUUACUGCAUUAUGUUUCUGUACUGACGUGCAAUAUCUACAGUUUAACCUUUGUCAUGAUGUAACGGCUUUCUUCUAGACUUACUUUGAAUCGGUAUUUCCCUCAGCAUUCCAGCAAAGUGGAGGGGGUAGGAAAUGGGAGAUAAUGCUGAAAAAAUAUUGGAGUAAUCAUUAGCAGAAUCUGAGGGGAUCUUUCAAAACAAUGCCAAAAAGAAAACAAAAAACCCAACAGCUUUAUAGCUGCGGUAUAAUUGUGCAGAGUGUUCUCAAACUGAAACUGUGUGUGACAUACUGUAUAUCUCUGUAAAAAUUACAAGAAAAGCAAAAAAGUAUGUGUAUAAUUUCAAAUUGUGUAUUCAGGGACUUAGUAAAUCUUGUGUACAUAUACUCAGACUUUCAGUUGGUUUCCUAUAUUUAAGAAGAGCAACAGCUGUCUCAUUUCAUUCUUCCCUGGGAAUAAACUGAAGUAUUGUACCUUUUUUUUCUCUCUUGUGCUGCUCUCCGGUAAGUGCAAUAUGCUGUAUUAUGUUGAAGUCCAAGUUACAAGAAUAAUAUGAUCUGAAUAAACAGAAUUGAAGGG